AUGCGAUACGACGACUGGGAUGUAAUCCUGUUUCCGAAGGAGUCUCAUGUGCCUACACAAGAAUUCAAGACGGCCUGUUACGUUUCACCAGAAGAAUUUAAGCUUCCUCAAUUCCAUGGACGGCCACUGCCAACCUUGACCUGCUACAUCAGCUCUCUUCCUCCAUCGACCCCAUUUCGCGUCUCAAUACACUCAUGGGCUACAGCAACAAAAGCCUCGCCGAUCAUCGAGUCGCGGAGGAAGGCCAACCAGAAGAUUGUGUAUUCAGUUCAGGUCAUCGUCGAUGGGGCUAGAGUUUUCCGCGGUUUCUUCGAUAUCCAUUCUAAGUGGCCUCAAGAAAUUGCGCACGAGAGGAGGUCACUCGCCUUUACCGAACAUCCUACAAGUCGUCAGAAACUAUGCCUUCAAUUUCCGCCCUUUCAUCAACAUACCCUCAUGCAGAACUCAUGGGACGCUUGCGACCCCAACGGGAGGAUAAAGAUCAUGCUUUCGGAGCAGCUGAUCGGCAAAACAAGCAGCCCUGGCGACAUGGAUCUUGGUAUUACUAACGACAUCUCACCAUUGUCGCAUGCCUCCAAGUCCGCCUUUGCCAGACCACAGAACCUUGAGCCUAACAGACGACUCAACGCGCAUUUACCACCAAUCUCAAACUUUGCUAAGCUACAGGCGGGCUCCAGAGGCAGUUUUCGCACAAGAACUUGGGAUGACUCCCUGAGCUCGCUUGGUGAUGGCGACGAGAUGACCAUGGACACUUGGUCAACAAAACCGACGACAUCGGGAUCAACAAACGACAUGCCCAUGUACGAUUACAUGUACACAUCGUCACAUUCAUCAAGGCCAGUUCCACCAUGGAUGAGCAACAUACCACCAUAUGACCAGAACUUAGGCACAGACUGGGAUGAACAACGAUCGAUGAGAGAGAAGGAUAGACAACUCGUAGUGACGCUCCGAGAGGACCAACUAGGUCAAAUUAUCGAAGCCUUGAGCCCACCGAAACAGAGUCAUGAGCAACCCAACGGAUCCGGCAAUCAGCGCCAUGGACACUCUAGCCGUCCCCCAACAGCCCAUACAUACUAUCCACCCAAGAUGGGAAACAAUGGAUCCACCAACCGGUCUACUUCAGCACUCAUGGCGCGCAAAUCCACAUACCCAGAUUUCAACAGUGCCCUAAGGAACGCCGCAACUAAGCAAUCACCUAGCAAGCAGUACUCUAAUGACAUGCUAAAGGACCGACCACUCACCACGUACCAACCCUCUAUGUCUAGUCACAAAGAGAAUUGCUCGCCUUCUCAGGCGCGUUUACCAACCCCAUUCCCCAUCGCAAACCGCGUUCCGACUCCCAAUCCUUUCUCCCAGAGAUUCAACACUGCCAACUCUGAUAUCACCAUGAGAGACCCCUCGUCUGCGCAAUCGAGCAUGCAUCGAUUUAAUCGCAGUGAAGCACCUCCCCCACCUAGUACUCAACUUGGCAAGUUUAGCUCUGCACAUGGACCGUCAACGGUGAACAUACGGAGUAGAAAGGAAGGCAUGGCGGCUGAUCUACCAAAGUUGUCGGAUCACAGUAUACGACACGACCAGAGUCUACUUCCAGCAGUUGGCACCGAAAACUCUAUGCACAAGAACAUGUUCCAGAAAUCCAACAUCCCGUCUCUCGUUGAAGUCAUAGACGUCGACGCAAUCGACCCUCAUCUGCACGCCCCUUCUACAAACAUAGCGAACACCACUUCAAUGCCUUGCCAUCUUUCCCCCUUCAAAACACCUCGUCCUAAGCACAAAAACAACAGCCCCUCGCUCUCCAGCAUCGAUAGUACGGGUCGUUUAGAACGCCAGCUCUUCUCCGCGCUGGGCGAGGAACUAGCUUGUUUCGAUCCGAGGGAUACGAAUACACUGCAUAAGCACCAGCAUCAAGAUCACGAGCGAGAAGACGAGCGAGAUCGAGACGGUGCCGGAAACCCAACUCAGGGUAUCGACACCCAAGGCAUGGGUCCGGAACUCGCCCUCGCGCUCGGCGGCGGUCUUGCCACACCCAAAGCAAACACCCACUUCCAGCAUAGAGGUCCCGAAAAAACCAACGCUGAGCGCCGCGGGGGACCUACCAAAAAUACCGGAUCAUGGCUUAUCGAGCGAGCGAGUGGCGAUAUCGGGUUGAGUCCGAGAGGGGAUAAAUCUCUUAAUCCUACGGCCAGCGACUUUGAACCUAUGGGUAAGAGAAAGAGAGAUGCAGCACUCGAAUGCAACAUCGAUGGCGACGUAGAAAGCGACGAGUACGAGAGGAGGGGCAAGAGGGAGAGGAGUGAGACAGGGUUUGAAGGGGAUGAAGAGGAGCAGGGUAAUGGGGAACUUGAGAGAGAGGCGGAGAUGGAGAGGGAGGAGGUUGUUGUUUGUGUGAGAGGUGGUUAA